AAUACCUUCCAGCAGGAAAGGACGGUUUUCUAUCUUUCCUCCCCUUGAUUUGAUUUAGGAUAGAUUGUUUCUUGUUCUCAUCUUCCAUGGAGAGUCACAGUUUGAACAGCAACAACAACAACAACAACAACAGCAAGGUUAAAGACUCAUGGGAUCAUAACCACAGCUGCUCUGGAGGGGAUUAUUUAGGUGGGUUUUCAUGGCCACCAAGAUCUUACACAUGUAGCUUCUGUAAAAGGGAAUUUAGGUCUGCUCAAGCCCUUGGAGGUCAUAUGAAUGUCCACAGGAGAGACAGAGCCAGGCUUAGACAAUCACCUCCAUGGGAUGGUCAAGGUCCUGACUUUAACCUUAACCCUAACCCUAACCCUAACCCUAACCCUAACUGCACAUCAUCAUCAUCAUCAUCUUAUGCAAGUAGAAUUCCUCCAUUCACUUACCGGUUCCCUUCAUUACUUUCACCCACUCUUAAUUGUUUCUCUUCCAUGUCACCUACUACUGCUUCUUGUGUUGAAGUGAAGACAUUGAUGGAGUCUCUCCAUGAUCCUUCAAGCUCAAUAGGGGGAGGAGGUACCACUAAGAAUGCUUUGUUUGGGGUUGGAGAACUGAAGAGUUUUAUGAUGAAAGAAGAUGAGUACAAGGUUAUGAAUACAGAAGAGAGAGUGCAAUUGGAUCUGGAGAUUGGUCUUUGUAGAGAUUCAAAGGAAGAUUUGGACUUGGAGCUUCGACUUGGGUACUCUUAGUUUAUUAUUAAUUCUUCACUACUAGUUUGUACUCAUUAAUGUUUCAAUGGUAGUUUAGGUUAUUGCACCUAUCUAUAUAGCUUGUUUCGUAGAAGCUGCAUUAAGACUUAAAAAAUGAU